CCCCUUCCCUCUCACCCUCCGGGCCCGCCGGACAAAAUGGCGGCGGGGCGGCCCCUCAGGCGGCGCCCUUAAAGGAGCCGCAGCCCCCUCGGCUGGGCGGGCGGGGUGGGUGAGUGGCGAUCGCUCGGUGAGGGCGAGGAGGCGGCGGGGAGGCGCGCUGAGAGCCGCUGCCACCCUCCCGGGAGCGCCCCAGGGGCCGCCCUGCCCGCCGCGGGCGGCGAGCGGUGGCCCGGCGUUACCAUGUCAACGCAGGCACUGCCCUGUGACAUCUGGGAUUUUUGGAGAUGAGGAAAGGCUCUGUGAGAAAAGCACCGGGCAGAAAAUCAGCUCCUCAGACACCACGUGCCAUGUCCCCUGUCAGCUCAGGUACCAGCUCCCCAUCUCCCCUCGGCCAGCAGACACCUCCAGCUGCUCCCAAAAGCCUGGAGCAGGUAUGCCAGCAACUGGACAUUCCGGCAGAGAACGUGGGAGCUGCUUUGAAGUUUCGGAAAGGUGAAAAUGGUGUUACCCCAGGAGUUAAGUACAUCACUGAGCCCCUCAUAAAGGCUCUGUCCAAACAGCAAAACUUGGCAUGUAUAAGCUCACUGAAUCUUUCUUCCCCAAAAGAUGGGGACAAAAAGUUCAAGUACAUAGAAAAUCUGGAAAAAUGCUCUCAGCUGGAGACACUCAAUCUUAGCAACAACCAGAUCGAGAAGAUGGAGAAGUUGGACAAACUGCUGAAGUUACGGGAGCUCAACUUGUCCUGCAACAGGAUCAGCAAAAUUGAGGGUCUGGAACAUCUGCAGAACCUCCAGAAGCUGGACCUGGCAGGGAAUGAGAUCGAGCACAUCCCUGUGUGGGUGGGGAAGAAGCUGCGAUCCCUCCGUGUCCUCAACCUGACCCACAACAAGCUGUCAUCACUCCAUGACAUAACUAAACUAAAGCCUCUCCAAGACCUGACCUCUCUGUUCCUUGCUGAUAAUCCCGUUGGAAAUCUGCCUCACUGCUGCCUCUACACCAUCUUCCACCUGAGAGCUCUGGAAAACCUGGAUGGGCAGCCAGUGACAAAUCACGACAGGCAGGAAGCUCUGGAGAGGUUUAAUUUAGAGGAGAUCGAAAAAUUAGAGAGAGAGUUGGAAAACACAGUAAAGGAGAUGGAGAACCUCAAACUGACCCAGUCCAAGGUGCUGGAGCAGCUUCACCAUCAAGACGAGGUCAACAAAUCACUGAAAGAAAAGACUUUGCAACAGAAACAAAGCUUUGAAGACCUCCAAAGGGACCUGGGCACCAAAAAUGAGCUGCUGAAGCAGAAGACAGUGGAGCUGACCCGAGCGUGCCAGAAGCAGUACGAGCUGGAGCAGGAGCUGGCCUUUUACAAGAUCGACGCCAAAUUCGAGCCCUUGAACUAUUUUCCAUCAGAGGAGGUGGAAGUUGCUGAUGUGCCUGGGGAGAGCCCUUACAUCGGCAAGGCCCGGUACAAGAGGAACAUGUUUGUUAGGGAAGGGUUCAUCACUGCCAGGGCCCAGCAGCUGCACCUGGGCCACGUGCAGAGAGCUGGAGAUGAAUUCUGGAGGAAAACCCAGCUGGAACUGCAUCUCCAAACCCUGGAUGGACUACUGGAGAGGAAAGAGAAGAAGAUCAAUGCAGCACAGAGAAGGUUGGAAGAACUGCAAAGUGCAAUUGGAGAUGCAGAACAAAGAGUUUGGAAAGUUACAAAGGAACUGCAGCAACUGGAGGCUGCUCUGGAUCAGAAAAAAAUAUCCCAGGCCAACAGAGCAGCAAUUGAGCAGCAGCUGAGUGAGAAGAUCCAACUCCUGCAGGAGCUGCAGAGGGAAACCUUAGACCUGGAAAAGCAAAUAGAGAAACAGAGAAGGGAAAUAGGGAAAAAACAGAAAGAGCUUGAAGACCUACAGAGUUCUCUUGCUUCUGUGAACCCUGAGGACCCAAGACAUGCUCACAUGAAAGCUCAGAGGGCAGGCAAAGAGCAGCAGGUGGAUAUGAUGACCAAACAGUGCCAGCAGCUGGAGAGCCGCCUGGAUGAGAUGCUGGCCAGGAUUGCCAAGGAGACCGAGGAAAUCAAGGACUUGGAGCAGCAGCUCACCGAUGGUCAGAUAGCAACAAACGAAGCCCUGAAAAGGGACUUGGAAAGCAUCAUCACUGGACUGCAGGAAUACCUGCAAAGUGUCAAGUGCCAGGCCAGACAGGCCAAUGAGGAGUGUAAGAAGUUGCAGAAGGACAAAGAAUCUUUGCUAGAAAGGUUGGCAGAUCUAGAGGAGGAUAAAAACAACCUGGAAAUGGUUGCCAUGGAUGCAGAAAAUAUGAGAAAAGAGAUUGCAGUGCUGGAGAGUGCCUUGCAGGAGCAGCAGGAGAUCAAUGAGUCCCUCCGGGAGGCCCAAGGCAGGGUCAGUGCCUACGAGGCUGAGCUGGAAGCCCAGCUGAGAGACAGAGAUGCUGAGGCCAAGCAGCAAAAGGAAGAGUUUGAAAGGCUGAAACAACUCAGCCAGAUGGAACUGUCAGCCCUGCAAGCUGAACUUGAGAAAGAAAGGCAGGUGUUAGAGAAUGCUCUGAGCAAAGCACAGCUGGCAGAAGAGAAGGAACAACAGAAUUACAAGCUCCUCUCUCAGUUCAAACAACUGCAGGGAGACAACAAUCUCCUGAAAGAACAGCUGAAAGAUCUCCAGAAGCAGCUAAACCAUGCAGUUGGGAACUUAAUUCACCCUGAGGAAGUCUUGGCUUGUGUCAAUGAGCUCAGGCAGAUGCUGCAGUCAGGGGCUGGGGAGAUGAGGUGCCCAAAUCCAGGGGAUGUUGUGGGGAAAAGCCUGGCAGAGCUGCAGAGGGAACUGAGGGACAUCCUUGCUGAUGCUGAGAGGGAAAAACAGAAAGCAUGGGCUAAGCAGAGACAACUGCAGGAAGAAAUGGUGUCCCAGCAGGAAAAGCUGGAAGAAUUACAGGAGAAAUAUAGACAGGUUAAAGCUGAAAACAGGCAGAAUAAGAACAAGGUGCAUCAGUUGGAGAAUGAAAUCCAGCAUUUACAUGAGAAAAUAAAGAGCAUGGAGGAGAUUCAGGGCCUUGCUGACCAGCAACUCCAGGAGGCAGAUGAGGAGAAAGAGGCUAUUCUUGCUCAACUGGAGGAUUUAGAGAAGAGGAAGAAAAUAGAAGAUGCCAGGGCACAGCUGCAGGUGGUGAGCCUGGAUAAGGAGCUGAAGGAGCUGCAGAGAGCCAUCGUCACCUCGGACAAGUUGGCAGCCACAGAGCUCUCCCUGGCCAAAAACCAGCUCAGGGCUCUCCGGGGGACUGUGCUCAGGAUCAACCAGGAGAGGGCUGAGGAGCUGCAGGAGGCUGAGGAGUUCUGUGCUGAGGCAGCUCGUGCUGCCCAGGACCUGGCCAGGGCAGAAGCAGAAAUAGAACUGCUGCAGCAGCUCCUCAAAGAGAAGGAAGAGCAAUUCCAGCGUGAGGUGGAGAAAGCUGGAGAGAAGGCUGUGGCAUCGAGCCCUCAGAAGUUGGAAAUGGAAAAAUUAAACGAAGUUAUGGAGCAGCAAAAAGCAGAAAUCGAGCGUUUGAGAUGUUUGUUGGAUAAUAUUGGGACAGUUAACAAAGAUGAAGUUGACAACUUACAGGGGGAAAUUGCAGCCCUCAGGAACGUGCUCUCCCACCACAGUGAUGGUGUCAGCAGUGCAGCAGAUCCCUGGAAAAGAAGAGGCUGCUGGUAUUACCUGCCAGCAUCACAGGUUUCAACUCCAGCUUCCCAGAGCACAAAGGACUCUGGAGUGUGUUUGGGGUGCUCUGGCUCAUCCCCAGCCAGGAGAGGGGGUGCCCAGGACAGGCCACGUGGGAGGGAAGACCUGCCCAGCCAAGGAGGGUGUUGGGUUUAUUCCCCAGCCAGAAAUGGGUUGUCCAGAGCAGAUGGUGGCACAGGUAAAGAUAGGAGAGCCAAAGAAGAUGGUGAAGGAAACGCAGGAGCUCCUCUUCCAGAAGACCCUCCCUUUGUGCCACCUCCUGGCACAGUGAUUUACACCCUCCCAGAUGGUGCCCCUGCACCCCAGGGAACAGGGGUUUAUAGCCCCCCUCCUGCAGCCCCCAGUGGAGCUGCAGUUGCUCGUGGAUCCAUCCUCUACAACCCUCCUCCCGUGGGAGCCCCCGUUGUUUAUGGCCCUCUGCUUGCCCUGGGAGUGCUGCACUGCAACGUGCCCGACCACCACGAGCUGGAGAGCCAAGUGUCGAGGCUGGAAGACACCGUGUGCUACCUGAGGUCUCAGAAAUACAGAGAGAGCUGCUCUGAGCACAAACACAAGAAGGAGGUGGAGAAACUGCUCCAAAAUGUUGAGGAGCUGGAGCAGGACAGGGCAGAGCUGCAGGGGGAGGUGGCCGAGCUGCGGCGAGCGGUGCAGAGGCAGAGCAGGCGCAGGGACUUCAUUGACGGUUACACCGACACCCUGAUGGCAGAGCUGCAGCUGGAAAGGUCUCUGAGGCACCAGGAGGAGGUGGCAGAGGAGGUUGGGUGUGUGGAGAAGACCCUGCUGAAGCGCAGAGCUGAGCUCAGGGAGGCAGACAGGCUCCUCUCAGAGGCUCAGGUGGAGCUGGAGAGCACCAGGGGCAAGACUAGAGAGACCCUUCAGAAGUACAACCGUGCCAAGCAGCACCUGUCCUGCACCGAGGCAGAGGCCAAGGAGCUGGAACAGAAGGCUCAGGGAAUGGCCACUGAGCUGGGGAAAGCUGCUCAGCAGCUCAGGCUAUUACAGACAGAUACAAGGGAUUUGGAACAGCAGAAGAGGGAACAAGAAGGUAUUUUGAAGGAAAUCAACAAAAUGGUGGCUGCCAGAGAUUCUGAGUUCCAGUCGUUGAACCAGAAGAUAGAAAUGCUCUCUGAAAGUCUCCAGAAGCUUCAGGGAGAUAUCAGACUGGCAGAAGGCAACGAGGACCAUCACCUGCAGAUCAUCAGAGAAGCAGAGCGCCUUGUCCAGGGCAAGAAAACUGAGCUGGAAACGCUGAAAGAUCAGAUUGGUGCUCAGCAGCAGGAGCUGCUGUUCCUGGAGCAGCAGGUGAAGCAGAGAACACAAGAGCUGCAUGUCCUGCAGGACUGCAUUGCCCUGAGGAAAGGGGACCUCAAGGAAGCCCUCAGGGAUGGAGAGACAGAAGCACACGAGAAACUGCGCCAGAUAAGAGAAAUAAAAGCGAUUUUGGAAGAGCUUAACGUUGAGAGGAAAGAACUGGAUGCCCAGCUGAGUGAGAAAAGAGCCCAGCUUGCAUUCCUGAGCAAGGAUAUCAGGCAGGAGGAGGAAAACCUUCAAGGAAUCCUUGGGCAGAUCACCAAGCACAAGAUGGAACUGAAACACGUCCUGGAAAUGCUGGAGCUCGAGAAGAACGAGCUGGAAGGGUUGAAGCUGCAGCACCAGCAGAAGCUCAACGAGCUGGAGAAGGCUCAGGUGGCAGUCCUGGAGGAGAAGCUAAAACUGGAGAACGUGCAGAGGUUGUUUCAGUGCCAGCAAGGGGAGGUGGAGUGGCAGGAGCAGCUCCUCCAGAAGGACCGGCAGGAGAACGAACAGCUCGUCUCCCAAAUGAGGACCCUGCAGAGCGACCUGGAGGCCUUGGCCAAGGAAAAGGAAAAGCUGGAGGAGGAAUCCUGGAGCCUGGAGAAGAGGCUGUCACACACCAGAAGAGACUUAACUGCUGCUGAAGAGAGCAGCAGAACUGCCCUGUCCAAUGCAGAAAAAAUGGAGUUGAAGUUUAAGAACCUGCAGCAGGAGGUGGAGCUGCUGAGCAAGCAGAAGAAAUCCCUGAGUGGGGAGAUUGUUGCUGUCCAGGAGGAUCUGCAAGGCAAAAAGGAAGAACUAGAAACACUGAAAGGGGAGCUGAGGGGCUCCAGGGAGCAGCUCCAAGCAGUGGAACAGGAUCUGGAGAACAGCACCAGGCAGCAGGAGGAGCUGCUGAGGGAGCAGGCAGCCCUGAGAGGAGACAUCCAGGAGUGCCUGAGGAAGCGUAAGGAGCACCAGGAGAGGCAGAAGAGGAGGGAGAACCAAUUGCAGCAGCUGCAGAAAAAGAUUGAAGAGAAGGAAACAGAACUGGCCCGACAGGAAGAGGUUCUUCAUCACCUCAAGCAAAGUUCAGAGCAUGAAGGGAAAAAGCUGGAAGAGUGCACAGCUAAAGGGAAAGAUGAGAAAAUCCUCCUGGAAAAGGAACUUGCAGAGCAGCACAAGAAACUGGAGCAGACAGCAGCAAAAGUCAGGCUGGCAGAAGAAAACCUUUGGAAGCUGGAAAAGGAGGAGUCCAGAUGUGCAGCUCUGGAAGAGACUGCCAGAAAAAGCAAGCAGCAGCUCUUGGAGAGAGAAUCCCAACUACAGCAAAAAAACAGGGAAAUGCAGAGUCUUCAGGAAGAACUGCAGGUCUCCAGGUCUGAGCUAAAGCAGCUCCAGGAUCAGAUGCUGUCGGAGAGGAGAGAAGCAGAAAAACAGAUCUGGAGUCUGAAAGAAACCCUGGAAAUGCAAAGGAUGGAGCUUGAAAGGAAACUGCAGGAACAAAGGCAGGAGAACAGCUGUUUGCAGAGCGAUGUGGCAGUGGCUGAGCAGGUGGCCCUCAGGAACCGCCAGCGGGCCAAGGGCCUCGGGCAGGACCUGGGGCAGAUCCAGCAGCACUGCAGGCACCUCCAGACCCAGGUGAAAACCCUGGAGGAGAGACAAAGGGAGAUGGAGAGUGCAGCAACACUGCUUAACCUGGAGGUUGAAGAUGAAAUUAGGACGGGGUUUAAAUCUGCCAACUCCUCCUCUCUGUACCCGCUGGAGGAUCUGGAAACAUCCUCGGAGGCAAAGGGCAGCCCUGGCUGUGACUCUGGGGCCUCGGAGCCCUGCACUGCAGCUGAGGGACAGCUCCUCUCCCUGGGAGACAAAUGGAACAUUUCCAGCAUCUUCCUAAUGGAUGAGCAGUGGAGGGGGGAGGCGCUCCGGGAGCAGCUCCAGCAGCACGAGGACCGGCUCAAGGCCCAGCUGUGGCAGUCGCUGGCCCAGCAGGCCGAGGUGCUGCUGCGGGGGAAGCAGCAGACGGCCGGGAGCCUGCACAGCCUGCAGAGACAGCUGGAUGAGCUGCACGAGCUGCUCAGCAGCUCCACCUCGGACUCGCUGCUCCUGGCCAAGAGCUCCAGCCUGGCAUCGCUCCACAGCACUCUGAAUUCAACCAGGACUCAGGCCUCUCUGCCAGGCCUUGCCGGGGUCCCCAGCAGGCCGGGAAGCGUCUCGGGGUCUCCCACGACAGGUUCCUGCUCGCAGGGGAGCUCUCGGUGAAGCCAGAGGAGCUGCUGCAGGGCCUGCACUGUGCUGUGAAGGUUUUGUACAACUGAAGAACAGGUUUAUGUAUAUGUUGGGUUUUUUUUU